UUCAACGGAGUGCCGGUAACCAUCGGAAGCAAAAUGGAGGUCUCGCCGGAAAUCGCAGCAGUGAGGUUUUCGGUUGGAAGAAAUAGAUUCAUCAUUCCGUUCCAAUUUAUUCAAGAGCAAGAGAAAGAACGGAUGCCUCGUCCCGAUAUUUCAAUUGAAAUACCGAUGAAUGGUAUUUUUCGUAGCUGCUAUAUAGUUCCAGCAAACUGUCUCUACAGGUCUGGCGUUUCAUUGCUUGAUAAUAGGUAUUUGGGGAUUGUGUUGAAUUUGGAGAAAAUUUUUAUAGAGUGGAACAACAAGCAAUCAUUUGCUCUCAAAAUUCAAGGGUUACAAAGUGUAGAUGGUGAUACUCACAGUGCGGAAAUUGACCGAUAUGAAAUGAAUAAGCCGGUUAUUCGAGUGCCCAAUAGAAACAUUGUCCUGACACGCAUUGAUCCAAAGGAUCCCUCCACAAGCAUUCUUGUAAGAGUUAGACCUGGAUGGAAGGAUUUCAGGAAGUAUUUGGUUGGGAAAAACAGCAGACAUUUUCAUGUGUUUGCAUGUAUGGAAUCCAGUGACGACUUUGUGACAAAACUGUGGAGUGAUGUUCUUGCCCCACGCGCAUACCUUGUAGAGCCUCAUCUGCUCAGAUACCAUGUUUUUGGCUUAACUCCCGGUAUCCCUUUGUUUCUUUUCUUCUCCUUUUAAUUAUUGCAUCGGUAUUGAAUAUUAAUUGCAUGAGAAUAUGCCUAAUGCAACAUAGUAUGUUCCUUAUGGGGUAAAAUCUUGUCAACAAGAAAUAGCUAUUUCCUUUAAUAAUGUUCCGGAUUCCAACUUGUAGUGAUUUUUUUUUAAUUAGUCUUCUUAUUUGAAAUGUAAC